AAAAGGAAAAACUAUGAAAACGGACGGAAAGCGCAUGAGGCAUGACAACCAGAAGCCAGAGACAUCAAAUCUUACGAGUUAAGUAAAUUCAUCACUUCUGGAUUAACCGCUUCGUCAACUUCGCCAUCCAUUCCUUAAUUAACUAAUCAAUCUGAGAGGGAGCGAGAGAGAGAGAGAGAGACAGAGGAUCCUCCGAUUGCAAUGGACUUGCCGCCGGAGAACGAUUUUUGUUCAGUAUGCCAUGGCAACUUCCACAUUCCUUGCCAGGCUAAUUGCUCCCACUGGUUUUGCGGAAAUUGUAUUCUACAAGUUUGGAAUCAUGGAUCAGCCCUUCAGCCGUGUAAAUGUCCAUUGUGUCGUCGCCAGAUUACUUUGUUGGUUCCUUCUGAAGCUUCAUCAAGGCAGUGCCAAAGUCCUGAAGUGUCUGAUGUUUUUACAAGAAUUGAAACUUAUAACCGUUUAUAUGGUCAGCAGAGCAAUGGACUUCUUCAGAAAUUGCAAGAUCUUCCUUUUCUCCUCAGGAGAUUGUUGCGAGAGAUUACAGACCCUCAAAGAUCUCUUCCAUUUGUUAUCCGGACGCGCGUAUAUCUGGCUACUUUUUUAAGCGUACUCUAUGUCCUCAGCCCUAUUGACAUUAUUCCAGAAGGAGUUCUGGGUAUAAUUGGCUUCCUGGAUGAUCUCAUUUUCGUGUUCAUGUUCUUCCUGUAUAUUGCUGCAAUUUAUCGUUCAUUACUUGUUUCCCGUCAUGGAGGCUCCCGCUGAGUGCUGAGUUUCACUCUGUUGUGACAUCAAAUACUCUUCUUGAGGUAGAAGCAGAGACAAGGGAAAACAAAGAAAGAAUCAUCAACUAAAAUUCAGAAGAAAGAAGAGGAACACGUACACACGAGGCCUUCUCCCAAGCCUAUCAUUUUAGCAUAUCGCAUUCAAUGAUUGCUUGUGUUCCAAUUUUGGAUUUGCAGUUGAAUUUCAAGAAUCAGAAAAUAUAGGAUGUUUGAGCUUUGAUGUUUAGUGUUACUUGCGUAGCUCACGUGUUUGUACAUAUACCUAAACUGUUUUGAGAAUGGAACUAUGUUUCCUCCUUGCCUAUCA